AUGGAAGAACAAAUUAAUAAUGGCGUAGACAAGCAAAAAACCAAAAAAGGAGAACGUCGUAAAAGUCGACCAGAAGCAGAACAAGAGAAAGAUGAAAUUAAAAAAUUCAAAGAAAAUCUUCUUCAAUCUAUUGCAGUUGGGGAGAGCUCCAUAAUUUCUGAUAGUGGUUCGGAAAUAGCCAUCCCUCAACCGGCGCGGUCUCGAUCCGCUUCCAGAGCGAGAGAAGCGCUUUCCAUACCAGCUAAUGUGUUAGCCGAACUCGAUGAGACGAAGCUGUUCGAAUUGAAAGAGGCAUUUCUGUUGUUUGACUUGGAUGGCGACGGGUGUAUAGACCACAAUGAUUUAAGAGGCACGCUAGUAAGUCUCGGAGAAAAGGUUGACGAGCAGGCAGUAAGGAAUAUGCUAGCUGAGGCACCGAAUCCCCUGGAUUUCGACGCAUUUGUCAACCUUCUCGGGUAUAAGACACUAGAAUUGGAUUCGGAAGAGACCCUGGUGGCAGCACUGUCGCGUUGGGACAAAGAUAACACUGGAUUUAUAUCUGAAGAGAGAAUUCGCCACGAUUUGAUGACAUUUGGUGAUCGUUUCACGGAAAAGGAGGCAGAUUAUGCUUUGGACGAAGCACCCAUAGUCCAAAAGAACGGCAACUACAUGAUCGACUACUUACGCUUCUGCAGUCAACUGGCAGGCCUCAGAAAAGCGAAUAAAAAGCAAACAUAA